CGUGUUCAGACGGGACUUCGUGGCUGACGGCGUCCCUGCUGCCUCUCGGGGAGAAACAGCUGCUCACGGGGGAACAUGUCUGCGGUGCCCGAUGGGAAGAAGCUCGUCCGGAGCUCCAGCGGCCUCCGCAUGGUGCCCGAGAACGGCGCCUUCACCAGCCCGUUCUCCCUCGAGGAGCCGCAGUGGGUCCCGGAUAAAGAGUGCCCCAGAUGUAUGCAGUGUGACACCAAGUUCGACUUCAUCAGAAGAAAGCAUCACUGUCGGCGGUGCGGCCGGUGUUUCUGUGACAAGUGCUGCAGCAAGAAGGUGGCGCUGCCCCGCAUGUGCUUCGUGGACCCGGUGCGUCAGUGUGCCGAGUGCAGCCUGGCGUCCCAGAAGGAGGCGGAGUUCUACGACAAGCAGGUCAAAGUGCUUCUGGGAGGCGGGACCUUCGUCGUCACUUUGGGAACGUCGGAGAAGUCCGAGACGAUGACGAGUCGCCUCUCCAACAACCACAGGUAUCUGUUCCUGGAUGGAGAAAGUCACUUUGAGGUGGAGUUGUCUCGGAUCUCCAGCAUGCAGAUCCUGACGGACGGCUCGAGUCCAGGAGAGAGUGACAUUCACACUUACACCAGUCUGCUGGACAGUCAGUGUAUCUCUGAAGGAGGGACCUCGCGCGCCAACGGCAUGCUGCUCCACUACAAGCCAAUGGGCUCCCAGGACGUGCAGCAGCUCCGUGUGGAGGCCGCAGACGACAAGAAGGUGGCCUCGCUGUGGCUGACUGCGAUGCACAAGGCGGCCAAACUGCUGUAUGAAGCUCGGGACCAGUGACGUGGCGGCGGUUCUGUACCCGGAUCCCACCGGGGGGUUCGGUCUCGUUUGGUUUUUAUUAACGGCGGUUCUGCUUCUCCGUCUGGUUCCUCAUCGGUUCCUUGAUGCCAGUUGAUUUAUACACAACACACUUUAUUACCUCUAUAACCAGUACUUUGUACAUCUUGUUCACCACAAAGAAGCUUUUCAACUUGGUCUCUGAUGGUUUUUGGGAGGUUUUUAAAUUCCUGUGCUUUUAUUUUCUCUGAUGCUUUUUUCUUUUGAUACGGUUGAACUUGUCAAAUAGUUAAAUGUGUCAUUACACCUUUUCAUAGAGCAUCUUUCAUUACCUCAGAGAUGCAGUUUUAAUACUUUUAUAUAAGCUGCAGUUCUUUUGUGUCGUCUGGGAUUUUAUUUCCUAGAAGAAGUGAUGAGACACUUUACCCGUAGGGAGGUUUAGUUUUUAUUAUUCCUAAUUAUGGCUCCUCCCACAGAGGUCACCAAGUAGAGGCUGAGGACUGCUGCAGGUUAAAGGACAAAUCCACCUUAAAAAAAACACCCUGACACGCAGCUGUGUGCGACGCAUUUCGAGUGAAAGGCAUUCUGGGAAAAUAUCGUGAGAGAAUACUUCCUGAAAUGCAAAGAACAUCUCGCUGUAACCACAAAGUAAUAGAAAAUAGUUGGAUUUGUCCUUUGAGAGGCAGUUUUCUGCUUCUUUUCUGUAAAUUGUUAUUAAUAACUACGAUAACUUACAGAGUUAAAACUCUUUCGGCCUCUGAGGAAACAAAACACACAAAUAAAUGCUUUAAAUGUAGUUUCAUGUAUUGAAGUUUUGUACGAGCUAUUUUGUCAACUAUUCCUACUUUUAACUCGAGGUGUGUGCGUUUGUGUAGUUUUGUAACUUUUGUAAACAAUAAUUACUUUUCUCAGUUUUUAUUCCAUCAAUCAAAUGCCAUUCGGUUUUGGUUGAGCUACACGCUGAGCUACACGACGAGCUACACGUCGAGCUACACGACGAGCUACACGACGAGCUACACGACGAGCUAAACGCCGAGCUACACGACGAGCUAAACGCCGAGCUACACGACGAGCUACACGUCGAGCUACACGACGAGCUACACGACGAGCUACACGACGAGCCACACGUCGAGCUACACGCCGAGCUACACGACGAGCUACACGUCGAGCUAUACGACGAGCUACACGACGAGCUACACGUCGAGCUACACGGCGAGCUACACGACGAGCUACACGACGACCUACACGACGACCUACACGACGAGCUACACGUCGAGCUACACGACGAGCUACACGUCGAGCUACACGUCGAGCUACACGACGAGCUACACGACGAGCUACACGACGAGCUACACGUCGAGCUACACGUCGAGCUACACGACGAGCUACACGUCGAGCUACACGUCGAGCUACACGACGAGCUACACGUCGAGCUACACGUCGAGCUACACGUCGAGCUACACGACGACGAGCUACACGACGAGCUACACGACGUUGAGCUACACGACGUUGAGCUACACGUCGUUUUUUUCCUUAACUAUAAAUACCCCGAAAAAAAAUCUUGUGAAGUUAAAGUUUUUAAGAUUUUCAUUAAAUCAAUUUUGUAUUUUUGUUACUUUUUUUUUUUUUUUCAGCUAUGGGACCUUUUUGAGGUGGAAAAAGAGACGAAUGAUGAUUGAUUGAAUUGAAUUGAGCCAUGAAUGACACACGAGAUGUUUAAAGUUUAAAAGAUCAUUUUGCACCUCAAGAAAGUCGCAUUUCUGCCGCAAAACCCGAGUGGACUUCUAAAACUAAAAAGACGUAAUUAAAAAGACUCACGGACCGUAACGUGUUGGAAAGUUACACUUGUGCGUGGAACACCGCUACGUUAGCUAGCCAGCCAAGCUAACAUCCACGUUGGUCACGGAUAAACUACGACUUUCUUUACGUGCAAAAUUAUCUUUUUAAUUAGUUAAUUCUUUGCAAAAAUCAAACGGGGAAACGUUUGUUUUCUCCCAAAGUACGGUGGGACUUCGGAAGGGGAGGGACUUCGCCUCUAUCGUAGAUCUCAUUGGCUCGGCCGUUUGUGGUUUGUUAGCUGUUAGCCGUUAGCUGCUUCUGCUUCGCAUUCAAUAAAUGGACCUUGAUAAGACUUUUUUAUGUUGUCAACACUUACAUUUUAAAAAGUUUAAGUCUCUAACACUAUGGGAUGUAUUUAGCAAAGAUUACCAAGUGUCCUCGGCUUCCCGAUAAUUAGCUCAUUUUAAUUGAAUCAUUUUAAUCCUGCUGCCGUUCGUGUGUCUUGUUUUUUUUUUUGAAGAAAAAUUUAAUGAAGAACAGAAUUGGAUUUGUUGGCAUUUUACUUUUGUCACCGACGACGUUCAGCACCUCCACUUUGUAACUUAAAGUUUAUUUUUAUACGCUGCUCACCUAAGAAAUGAAACCUUUUCUGGAAGCAGAGGAGUUCCUCUAGGAAGGAGCUGCUGGGUGUGAAGAAGCUGCACACAGACGAUCAUGUUGGCCUCUGGAAGUCUAGAAUAAGAUGCACCGCCUCUUCAGGUUUUAACAUCCAAACCCGGUGAUAUCGGCAGUUAUGUUCAUUUGAAAAAAAUACAACAAUGUUCCCCUUUAUAAUCAUCAAAAACACACAACCUUCUGUGAAUUUCUGCAGUUUAAUUACCUUUUGUACUUCCAUUUAAAGCACAUGUGCCAGCUUUAAACAUUUUAAAGAUCCCUGUUAUGCCAAUAUGUGUGAUUAUGUAUCAUAAAGCCAACGAUCCUGCUGUGGUCUUCUUUGUACCUGCACUUUAAACCUGAUCCCGGCGCUUCAUUUAUUAAAACUGCUUCUGCACACUUUGUUGAUUAUUCUGUUGAGAAUAAAAAUCAAGUGUUUGUA